GAAGGCAACGAUUAUGUAUUCGAGGAACAAUUCGUCCUAAGUGAACCGUACCAUACGUCUUCGCGAGAAGGAUGGAAUUGUGUUCUCGUACGUUGGGAUUGGUUGUGGCGCCACCCCACUCCGCCGAACGCUUUCAGUCGAGCUCGGACCUUCGUCGGGUGUGGAGUGCGCGUUGUUUCGUCGUGUGUCAGUGUUCGAAUUACUCACAGAAAAUCAAGGCCUCGUAGCAUGUCUUGACGAGUAGGAGGCGAUCUUCAACGGGGUUUUCGGCAGACAAGGGUUCUCCAAAAUGGCGGGCGGUCAGCAGCUUCCGGAACAGUACACGGUACCUCCGCUCGCUAGGGUCUUCCAUAGCCUGCCGCACCUCAACGUCUCGCUCCACUCGGUCAACAACACCUUCAAUCCACAUUCUGAAAUCUACCUAGAGAGCCUCGGGAUACUUGGAAGUAUCCCUGCAGCCUGGUUAAUCCUGACGUUGCUAGUGUUGCUGGUAUACCUGGUAACGAGAUGCUGUGACCGGAAGCCGCGCCCCAAGAGGUCGAUAACCCUGCUGAAGUUUUCACUGGCCAUCCUGGCGUUGCUUUGCUGCGGAGCUGUUGCCGUCGGACUAUACGGUAACGACGAUGUUCACAACGGUUUGGUGCAAUUGGUGGCAGCCGCAAAGAACGUCGAUGGUAUCCUGAUGGGUGUACGGAAUCAGACUGACACCAUCGAGAACACGCUGAAGAAGAAAGUGGAACCACAGUUGACUGCGUUAAGGGAUGAAUUCGACGAUCCGGUCAGCAAUAAAACGAUGAUCGAAUUACUGUUGGCCGCUUUACAAAGCAUGAAACAGAACACGAGCAUCGCCGUGAAUAAAAGCAUCGAAAUGAGGAAACCGUUGACGGGGAUCAGCCUGGCUGGAGCGAUCGGAAUGGGAGAGAAGAUAGAGCAAUUAAGGUGGCCAGUCACCAUGGCAGUGUUGAGCGCACUUCUAGUUCUUUGCGUGGUGCUACUCGUCGGUGUCGCACGACAUUCCAGAUGCGUUCUUAUAACGUUCUCCGUGUUCGGUUUGUUCGCGGUGAUAGUCUCCUGGCUGAUGGCAUCGUUGUACCUUGCGACUUCAGUGGCCUUAGGUGAUCUCUGCGUUUCGCCGGACGGUUACUUGACCAGGGCGGUACCGUCUACGUUAGCUUCGGAGGUUCUUUCCUAUUAUACGCAUUGCGAGAAUACGCGUAGCAAUCCGUUUACUCAGAGACUGCGAGACGGUCAGACAGCGAUCAGUGAAAUGAGCAAAAACCUGAACACAGUGACCAGGUUGGCGUUAGAAUUGUACAAGGAUAAACAAUUGCAACCAAAGUUGAACAGCCUUUUAUUCGACGUCAACACCGUGAGCAAACUGAUGUCCGGUUUAGCCACGUUGCUCGAUUGCAAACCCUUUCACAAGCAAUACGUUCAUGCCGCGAAAAGCUUAUGUCACUUAGGAUUGUAUGGAUUGACCUUCAUGCUAUUGGCGAGCUUAGCAGCAGGUCUGUUCUUCACGGUGUUAGUUUGGGUGGACUCUCAUACCUGGAUCUACAUUCGAAAACGAAGAGAUUACCACCAAGUCGACGAGCAGGAUCCGUAUCUACCACCAUCGGCAGCUUCGCAGGCGAUAGCAGCAAGGACCCUUCGAGGCCAAGGGUCGUACCCGCCUACAGCCCCUUCUGUAUUUUAUCCGAAUGCUCAUGGCACUCAAAAUACCAUUAAGCAGCCUCUCUUGCUAACGCCGCCCCCGCCGUCCUACGCUACUGCGACUGCUCGAGCACGUCAGCUGCACGAGAGCAUGUUAAAAGGUGGGGGUAUUAACGGGAGCGGAGGAGGCGGGGAUCACAAAUCGUCUCAGCAUAAUCAGCAGUCGACAGGUGGACGAGCUGAGCACCGUUCUGGGCUCGGAGAUCAACCUGGCCAGUACGCGACUUUGAGCAAACAGUGCAAGACACUCGAGUCAAGUGAUUUUUACUGAGGGCACGCCCCCGCAGGGCCCGGUAGAGAACCACCUUGGACCCCAAGCGUGGCCUCGUUCACCGGUACCCUGUCUCACAAUUCUCAUGGACCUGCUCACUUGGCCACGUUCCAAG